GUUCAGCUGUCCUGCAGUGAGCGUCUGUAUAUGAUGAAGAGCUUUCAGCUUUCACAUCUCCAACUCCUGUAUCUUCUUAUAGCAGCUUUAUUAGAAUGUAAAGUGGUGACACAGAGACGCUGCAAGCAGGUUCAUCAGUUGAACAUAAACCGUGUUCAGGGUGACAGCAUGACUAUUUCUUGCCUAACCACAACCCACUUGCUGGAGUCUCUAACAGUCAAACUGCACAGGACCAACCAAGAUAAAAACAUCCUGAUGUAUCCAGACAUCUCUCCAGCAUCAGAGCACCAGAGAUGGUCUGUGAGGAAAGAGGCUGGAAAUGUUACACUUGAUCUGAAAGACAUCAGAUUAUCUGAUGAUGGCUUUUAUGACUGUCGGGUCUACAAGGAUCAGGACUGCCUUCAUGCAACUCGAUUUAACCUGAGUAUUAUAAAGUGUAAAACUUUGGACUCUGUCCAUCCAACAUCAGGCUCUUCAGUAUUGCUGCCAUGCUCUGAACAUCUUCUUCAAAACAGAGCUGAACGGGUUGCUUGGAAAAUCAUUAUUGGUCACAAAUCAACUGAUAUAACCCAGUAUCAGCCACCAAACAAACCCUCAAGCAGCACAGAGAAACUCCUGAAGCCUCUGUAUGAGAGAGCGAGACAACUAGCGAACGGAUCUCUGCUUAUAAGGGAUGCAGUGUACAUCGAUGAAUCAUGGUAUCAGUGCAGAGUGAAUGAAAAAACCUGCUAUGAAGUAAAGCUGCUCAUGAAAGCCCCAGCUGACAGUACAGCUGUUCAGACUGACGAGAGUGAUACAGUGACAGCUAAUCUGACAUUAGUAAUGAUGACUGCAACAGUGUCUCUGUGUGUCCUCGUAUCACUGAUCGUCUGUGUCAUUCUAUAUUUCCAAAAACGAAGAAGCAAAAUCAACAGCCAAAGGAUUGAUGUCCCGUUGUGUUCUUUAGUUGAACCAAACACAGGAACAAUGACCACCUUUGACGUGAACAAACAGCAGCCUCUGUAUGUAAACCAGAUGAGAAGUAUGACUAAAUAA